UAUACGAUUGUUAUGAAAACAAAUUUUAUAAAAGAAAGAAAUUUUUAUAUCUUUAUAUCUUAAUACUCAAAAUGCCAGCUGAUCAAAUACAAUACUCUGAAAAAUACAACGAUGAUAAAUAUGAAUAUAGGCAUGUUAUUUUGCCAGUUGAUUUAGCAAGACAUGUUCCAAAAACUCAUCUUAUGUCAGAAACAGAAUGGAGAAAUUUAGGAGUUCAACAAAGUCCAGGCUGGGUACAUUACAUGAUGCAUGUACCAGAACCACAUGUACUAUUGUUUCGUAGACCAAGGACUGAUGUUUUAACAAAUACAAGAAACACCUCUUUUCAAAGAGAAUAUCAAAGUGUAUAUUGUGUUUAAAACAAAUUUCUAGGAACUUUCAAUACUAUUUAUAAUAGAUUCAAAGCAUAAUAAGUUAAUACAAGUUAGCAUAAUUAUACAAUUCAUGUAGAAGAAUUAUAGAAUUCUUGUGGAAUUUUUAUAGAACAUACCGUCAUGUAUGUAAUUUUGUGUGUAAGAAAGAAACUUAUAAUGUUUCGUAUGCUUAAGUCAAAUAUGUACAAUUAAUAUUUAUAAAAUCUAUAACAACAUAGGGGUAAUUACUGUACAGAAUACGAAAUGAAUUCUACAUAAUAGUAUGUUCAUUAGUUUGAUCUUUGUAUAAUAUUAAGUAAUCUUUUUUAUGGUUGUGAAUUUGAAAAUGAAGUACCUAUAUAUAAAUCUAAAACUACAUUGAGACUGUGAUAAAUCUAUAUCUAUAAAUAUUGAAAUUCGCUAUUUUUACAAUAUACAAUAUAGAAAAGAAAUUUCAUCUACUUAUAUAAUUUUUACAAUACUUCACAAUCAUAAAAUUUAUAUUUACAAAUAUACUAGUAUAUAUGUAAUCAUCUAAUAAAUUAGAUAUUUUAUAUAGAAUGUAAUAGAUAUCCAUCAUAUAUCACUAUUAAAAUAUAUUUUCAAAUA